AUGUCCUCCGACACCACCACCUGCAGAACCUGGCGCAUCACCGCCCCAGGAAACAUCACUGCCAACCUCGAACUCGUCACCAUCCCGCGGCCCACUGCAGACCAUCUCGACAAGAACAGCCUUCUCAUCCGCGUCGUCUCAUCUAGCAUCUAUAAAGGCGACUGGUAUCCCGUCGAGCUAGGCGGCGUAUCCAAGGUGCUGGGUGUCUCGUAUCCCAACACGCCGGGCUACGACUACGGCGGGCAUGUCGUCGCCGUGGGCCGCAAGGUCACGGACGUGAAGCCCGGCGACGUGGUAUUCGGGCGCAUGGAUCCGAUGAAGCAGGGCUCACUUGCUGAAUACAUCGUCGCGCCAGUCGAAGGCGUGGCGGUGCUACCGCAAGGAGUGUCACCGCGCCAAGCAGGUACCGCCGGCACUUGUGCCCUAGCUGCGUACCAGAGCCUCGCGCCGUUUGUUGAGCCCGGUGAUCGGGUCCUGAUCAACGGUGGCUCUGGUGGCGUUGGCACGUUUGGCAUUCAGAUUGCCAGGGCGCUGGGAUGCAGUGUCACGGUCACGUGUUCUACGGAGAAGAUCCGCCUUUGCUCAGAUCUCGGUGCUGACGAUGUGAUUGACUACAAGCGUGAGGACGUUCUCAAGGCGCUGCAGAAAAGAGGCCACGUCUUUGCGCACGUUGUAGACGCAAUUGGCGGGUCGCCUCCUGAGCUGUACACGCUUUGCGACCAGAUCAUGGUGCCGGGAAAGAAGCGGCACUUCGCCUCAGUAGGUGGCAGUAUCAACGCUGCGUCCGCUGUCAACAUGUAUUCCGGCUCGAUGCGCCCGUCCUGGCUCGGAGGAUCGAAGACCAAAUGGACUCCGAUCAUCGCGACAAACGUGCAUAAAGACCUGGCACAGAUCGCAGUGUGGAUGGGAGAGGGAAAAGUGAGGGCAGCCAUCGACUCGACAUUCUCUUUCGAGCAGGUACCGGAAGCAUUCGUAAGACAUAAGAAGGGCUCCGUUGCUGGGAAGAUUCUGAUCGAUGUCAUGGAGGGCGGCGGAGAAGUCUUACCAUCGAAGGAAAUGGCCUGA